AGGUACAGAGGAUGGUAACCACACAGCCAGUGACCUCGAUGACAGGGUCAGGUUCCACCACAUCUAGAGUUGACCAGGGUGGAUUGCUUGGCUAAGCCUCUGUUUGCUGAUAAUGGAACUGUUGGCUCUUGGUGUCCUCGAGUCUGGGACAGGCUCGUCUGCUGGGACUCGGCUGCUCCUAACACGACGGUGUUCCUCCCGUGUCCGAAGUAUGUCAAGGAGUUCAACCACAAGGCCUCAGCGUGGAGACGGUGUGGACAAGAUGGUACUUGGGAGUCUCAGCCUAUGCCAGAAUCAACCUCCAACGAGACUGAAAGAUACAGUUACAUAGGAUGGACCAACUACAGCGCUUGCUUGAACUCCAAAGACUUCACUUAUGAGGAAUGGCUGCCAACGAUAAAGCAGAUGUCCAUCGUAGGCUACAGCGUGUCCCUAGCUACGUUGAUCAUCUCGUUCGUCAUCCUGGCAUCGCUCAGAAAGCUGCGAUGCCCCAGGAACCUUCUGCACCUGCACCUCUUCGCCUCUUUCAUGCUGAGGGCUGGGGUAGUCCUCCUGAGGUCUUCGCUGUUCACUGCCGAGGAUUCCUUGCCUCCAAACUUCCUGCAGAGGGGACUUCACCAUUACAGUUACAACUCCUCAGAGGCCUGGUCGUGUAAACUACUGAUCAGCGUGUGGCAAUACUUCAUCCUAGCCAAUUAUUCAUGGCUGCUGAUGGAGGGUCUGUACCUCCACAGCCUCAUAUUUAUGGCCCUCUUCACAGAUUCAUCCGCCAUCACUUUGUACAUCCUACUGGGAUGGGGUCUGCCGCUAGGUUGCGUCAGCCUGUGGGUGACGCUCCGCGUGACUCUGGACGACAGCCACUGCUGGACUGUCAACUACGUCCAGUGGAUCUUCUGGAUGUGCAUCAGGGCCCCCGUGGCCGUCUCAAACCUGAUCAACUUCUUCUUCUUCCUGAACAUCAUCAGAGUUUUGGUGCUGAAGCUCAGGUCGUCCGUGUCGGCUGAAUCUAUGAAGUAUAGGUGAGUCUAGCUAGGCUGAUUAAGUGGGGACUUCUAGCCAUGGAGAUGUGUUGUCAGUUUGGGUAUUUUUGCCUAUAGUUAGACAUCACCUGGUCCUUCGAGUUACACAUAACAAUAUAUGUAUAUAUAUAUUGUAACGGCUCGUUUUACCGUCACCAAAAUACUCUAUUCAAUUUUCUCUUGAAGUAUCCAUAUACCACUGAUAUGAAGUCCACAAUAAGGUGGAAUCAUACCACAAACUCAAUUUUCAAAGUGCAAGGAUGAAUUCAAGGGAGGAGUAAACAAACACAAAUUUAAUACAGACAGAAAAUACACCUGAACCUCUUUGAGAACAGGAAAUAAAUGAACUACUAUCACACUUAAUAACUUAUUCAACACACGUAUACAAAAUUAAGAUAGCAUAACCAACACACACAAACCAAAAUAAGGGGGCCCAGAAAGGAGGAGGAAAUCAAAAAGAAAGAAUAUCCUGACGAUUACAGGCUAAUACCAAAAAGCUUCAUAUUCAAAAUGCUUAUUAU